CAACGCAACUCGUUGUCCAGACGUAAAUAUGCCGCGUCGGUAGUGUCUCAGCGUCUUUCGUCAAACUUCGAGCACUUUCGGAUUUGUUUCGCGACGGACGUCUUGAGACGGGAGGUGACCUUGGGAGUGGCAUCUCACUAGGCCGUAUAUCUCCUAUAUCUCCGCGCGGGUUCAUCCUGCCUUGAGGGUGGGCUGUCAUGUCGUUCGGCAGUGGUAUGGAGCAAUCACUGCAGAGUGCCGAGUCUCUGGAUAGGGCAUCACCUGAGCUGUGGCCGGAAAAGGGAGACUAUGCCGCCUGUGCCGAGCUGCUGUGUCAGGACAGCAACAGCAACGGUGCCAGCGGUGCUCGUCCGACAGCAGCCAUCUCGCCCGUCCUCAUCACAGACCAGGAUUUCACACAACAGGACAUGAAGCUCUUCCACGAGUACGCCAGCCUGAGGCCGGAGCAGCUGGUGGAUGUGGUGAAGCAGCUGCAGAACGUCGCCUACCUGCUGGGCCUGGAGGAAGCCAAGGAGAUGCGGCGCGGCAAGUACCUCAACAUCCUGGUCCGGAAGCGACAGCCCUGACCUGUGAUGGCGCGACGGAAAAACACGUAAUGUGAGUUUGGCUGAAUGAUCCGGUCUCCGUGAGCUAUUUUUACGAUGUGUUGAAUGAUAUGGCGUACAAGACGUCUAUCGACAAUGGUAUGGACCACUUGGUUGUUGACCAAAUGAUCACUCUGUCGUGCAAAGACAAAAUCGAUUACGUUAGGUCAGAGGUCAUUGCGUCAGGCGAAAGGUCACGCGAACGUAAUCGUUUUUUCCCUUUACACGGCGGCACUUUAUUCUCAGUGGGUGCGUGCCUGCCAGUGCGUGUUGUAAAACAACACUGACGCUGGUAUUCAUCUCAUUUUGAGAGAUAUUGUCGCAUUAUCCGGCCGAGACCACCUGAGGCCACAGCCGUACCACUUUUCCGGCAUGUAAUGAUAGAAUCGAUUUUUGUGGGUCGAUGAUUAAACGGCGUGUCUCCCUGGAUAUUCCGGCCCCCGAGUUCCGCUCGGUUCCAGGGCUGACCUCUUGUUCGUAUCACCGGUUGUGGAUUGGAAAUGGCGUCAUAUACUCACAUCACACAUGUAAUAAGAUCAUAAAUGCACACCUCUGCUUUUUGUACGAGCUUUAGGAUAUUUUCCGUACUCCCUCAUUAACCUGUUGUCGCGUAUCGGACAUAUUUCUCGUUUUGGAGGCAUAAUAAAUCGCG